CUUAUUGCUUUCUCACAACAUCACUCCAACCAGCCAAUAAACACAACAACUACUCUGACGCCUGCCAUCAUGACUAGGACUGAGCGCAACCAAUACCCCGCUGCCGUCCUCAAGGACCGUCAUUCCCGCACUGGUCUCGACAAGACCCAGUGGAACCACAAGAACGGCGAUGGCGCCCAUAACUGGGGAUCUACCGCCCGUAAAGGCGAUGACGAAGCUUCCGGCCGUCUUGACGGUGAGGCCGAGGCUGAAGCCGCUCUAGACGAACUCCCGUCUUCCGACGUUUUUGACCUCGAUGAAGAGAUCAAUGAUCCUGUCGGUGCGAUGCCUGUCACCGACUCUGGCAAUGACUUUAAGCCGAUGGACCUUGGCAAAAGAGGGAGUAUCCAGGGCCAGAGUAAUAUUGCUACCAGCCCCACCGAUAGUAUGAGCAGCCUUGACUCUGGCGACAGGCCUGGGAUGGGGAGGAGGAUGAGUGCGGUGAGUGAUGAAGAGAGAGAGAAGAUGAGGCUCUAUAGGGAGGGUGUCCUCCACAAGAAGCAGGGCGUCGACUUGGCCCACAUCGCUAGGUCCUCGCACGGUAUCGCCAUGUCGCCUCCCACCAACAGCUACCUCGGCCCUGUCAGCCCUUCCAACACCAGGUAUGGUUUCAAUUUUAACAAGUAAAAUGUUGUAUCAUUAUAUAUGUCGAGCCGGUACUCGACCCCACCAAUGUGCAUUUAGUCUUUUGAUGUUGUGUCCCCGCGCUCAGAAAAUGUUGAUUAGCCUUUAUAUCAGAAACCCUCACGUUGUAGGAUAGUCAGUCGCAGCAAUGCCGGAGCGUUUGUAGUAAAUGUGACCAGGAAAGAUUUA